AUGGCGUGCAGUGUGGGAUGUCCAGUUUUCAGCAACCACUUGACGGUCCGCGAGAACGCCUUGCUCUUCAAUCUCCUGGGAGUCCAGUGUAAGGUCAGUCUAACUCAUAGAGAGGCAUCUGUAACAUUCUACCCUCUUUCUCUGUUUGUUCACACUUUCUGUUGCUGGUUAUCCCUCUGUAUUUAUCCUCAUUCUCUCAUGUAUCUUAAUGGCCAGUGAGGACUCACUAAUUUCCCCAUUGUUCUCCACCCAACCCCAUUGUUGCCACACGUACACUCCACUAAGUAUUUAUUUGUGAAGAUACAACUUUUAAUUUGGCUCUAGAUUUGAGAUGAAAUGUUUUAUAUGAAGCAACAGUACCGAAUGUCACCUUUUAUUUGAAGGUAUUUUCAUACAUAUGUUUUAUCGUUUAGAAAUGAAAGCACUUGUAUCUAGUCCCCCCAUUUGAAGGUGUCAUAAUUGGACAAAUUUACUUAUAGUGUAUUAAAUUCAGUCAAAUGUUUACUGUUUGGUCCCAUAGUCCUAGCACGCAAUGACUACAUAAGGAUUGUGACUCUACAAACUUGUUGGAUGCAUUUGCAGUUUGUUUUGGUUGUGUUUCGUAUUAUGUUGUGCCCAAUAGAAAUGAAUGGUUAAUAAUGUAUUGUGUGAUUAUUACAUUUACAUUUUAGUCCUUUAGCAGACACUCUAAUCCAGAGCGAUUUACAGUUAGUGAGUGCAUACAUAAUUUUUUAUACCCCCGUGGGAAUCGAACCCACAACCCUGGCGUUGCAAACGCCAUGCUCUACCAACUGAGCUACAUCCCUGCCGGCCAUUCCCUCCCCUACCCUGGACCAAUUGUGUGCCGCCCCAUGUGUCUCCCGGUCGCGACGACCGAGCCUGGAUUCGAACCAGGAUCUCGCCCAGCGUCGUCCAGGGUAGGGGAGGGAAUGGCCGGCAGGGAUGUAGCUCAGUUGAUAGAGCAUGGCGUUUGCAACGCCAGGGUUGUGGGUUUGAAUCCCACGGGGGGGCAGUAUAAAAAAAAUAAUAUAUAUAUAUAUAUAUAUGUAUUCACUAACUGUAAGUCGCUCUGGAUAAGAGCAUCUGCUAAAUGACUAAAAUGUAAAUGUAAAUGACUAAAUGUAAAUGUAAAUCGAAAAUGCUGUAGUAUAGAGCCAAAUUAAAAGUUUUAGCUUCAUUGCCUUGGUUUUAAAAACUUUGCAGACAGAAUUUUUGGAUUAAAUAACAAUAUCCAACAAUAAUAUAUAGUAUCCAGUCAGUGAUGAUCUUUGAAAGUCCUGAGGUACUUUCCAGUGUUAUCAGUCCUAGUGAAUCACACGUGAAGCCCUGCAGGUGAAAGGGCUGUGUGUGAGGGCAGAGGGGAUCAUUUGGUUGUGGCUGAUACAAAUACCAUCUAUUUUGAAUACCACGACCUAGUAGUAAGUAACAAGUAUUCACCCACCUUGGCAUUUUUCCUAUUUUGUUGCCUUUUGGGGGGGGGGGGGUUGUAUCAUUUGAUUUACACAACAUGCCUACCACUUUGAAGAUGCAAAAUAAAAAACAUUGUGAAACAAACAAGAAAUAAGACAAAAAAACAGAAAACUUGAGCGUGCAUAACUAUUCACCCCCCCAAAGUCAAUACUUUGUAGAGCCACCUUUUGCAGCAAUUACAACUGCAAGUCUCUUGGGGUAUGUCUCUAUAAGCUUGGCACAUCUAGCCACUGGGAUUUUUGCCCAUUCUUCAAGGCAAAACUGCUCCAGCUCCUUCAAGUUGGAUGGGUUCCACUGGUGUACAGCAAUCUUUAAGUCAUACCACAGAUUCUCAAUUUGAUAGAGGUCUGGGCUUUGACUAGGCCAUUCCAAGACAUUUAAAUGUUUCCCCUUAAACCACUAGAGUGUUCCUUUAGCAGUAUGCUUAGGGUCAUUGUCCUGCUGGAAGUUGAACCUCCGUCCCAGUCUCAAAUCUCUGGAAGACUGAAACAGGUUUCCCUCAAGAAUUUCCCUGUAUUUAGCGCCAUCCAUCAUUCCUUCAAUUCUGACCAGUUUCCCAGUCCCUGCCGAUGAAAAACAUCCCCACAGCAUGAUGCUGCCACCACCAUGCUUCACUGUGGGGAUGGUGUUCUCAGGGUGAUGAGAGGUGUUGGGUUUGCACUAGACAUAGCAUUUUCCUUGAUGGCCAAAAAGCUCAAUUUUAAGAGUACCUUCUUCCAUAUGUUUGGGGAGUCUCCCACAUGCCUUUUGUCAAACACCAAACGUGUUUGCUUAUUUUUUUCCGUAAAGCCAAGCUCUGUGGAGUGUACGGCUUAAAGUGGUCCUAUGGACAGAUACUCCAAUCUCCGCUGUGGAGCUUUGCAGCUCCUUCAGGGUUAUCUUUGGUCUCUUUGUUGCCUCUCUGAUUUGGUGGGCGGCCCUCUCUUGGCAGGUUUGUUGUGGUGCAAUAUUCUUUCCAUUUUUUAAUAAUGGAUUUAAUGGUGCUCCGUGGGAUGUUCAAAGUUUCAGAUAUUUUUUUAUAACCUAACCCUGAGCUGUACUUCUCCACAACUUUGUCCCUGACCUGUUUGGAGAGCUCCUUGGUCUUCAUGGUGCCGCUUGCUUGGUGGUGCCCCUUGCUUAGUGGUGUUGCAGACUCUGGGGCCUUUCAGAACAGGUGUGUAUAUAUACUGAGAUCAUGUGACAGAUCAUGUGACACUUAGAUUGCACACAGGUGGACUUUAUUUAACUAAUUAUGUGACUUCUGAAGGUAAUUGGUUGCACCAAAUCCUAUUUAGGGGCUUCAUAGCAAAGGGGGUGAAUACAUAUACAAAUUUUUGGAAAGGUUAUUUUUUUCAUUUCACUUCACCAUUUUGGACUAUUUUGUGUAUGUCCAUUACAUGAAAUCCAAAUAAAAAUCAAUUUAAAUUACAGGUUGUAAUGCAACAAAAUAGGAAAAACGCCAAGGGGGAUGAAUACUUUUGCAAGGCACUGUAGAUUGUGCAGCCAGGUCACCCUUGAUACAAGUCAGUAUUGGACUUCCAUCCAUGUCUAAGGAUGUUGGGAGUUGACGUAGAAACCGGCCACUAGGGGCAACAGUGAGCACUGUUACCUUCAAGUAGUUUUCGGUUAAGCAUCUGAUUCCAAAGGUUGCAAGUUUGAAUCCAGCGAUAGAAAAUUGUUUUGAGAUUUUUCAUUUAAGCCUAUCCCUGUCACGCCCUGGCUCUGGGGACUCUGAAAUGUUGAGCCAGGGUGUGGAUUUUCUAUGUUUAGUUUCACGGGGUAGCUUCUAUGUUGUGUUUUCUAUGUUUUGGGUUUUGUUCUAGAUCAUAUAGAUCUAUGUUGGUCAGGGUGGUUCCCAAUCAGAGGCAGCUGUUGCUCGUUGUCUCUGAUUGGGAGCCAUACUUAGGUAGGCUGUUUUCAGCUAUUCUUUGUGGGAUCUUGUUCUGAUUUGGUUUGUGUUAUACCGUAGACGUCACGUUAUCGUUGUUGUUUUGAUCGUGUGAUCAUUCUAAAUAAAUAAUAUGUUCACCUUCAACGCUGCGCCUUGGUCCGCUUCAUCAUGUGUCAACGAUCGUGACAGAAGAUCCCACCUCGACUGGAUCAAGCAGCGUGACGAGGAGAGAGGAUGGACGUGGGAGGAGAUGAGUGCGAGUCUGGCAAGAGGGAUGGAGGCCUUGGCCACGGGUAGGAGUGAAGCCCAUACAUUUUUUAGGGGGGGGCUAACGCCGUGGACGACGGGGCAGCAGGAGGACGCCAGGUUACGGGAGUCACUGGUCACCAGGGGGAAGGUGGUUGUAGAGGCACGGCGAGAGGUACUGGCGUGUGUUGCCAGUCCGGUCCGGCCUGUUCCUGAUCCCCACGUAGGGCCAGUGGUGUGUGUUCCCAGUACGGUCCGGCCUGUUCCUGCCACUCGCACCAAGUCUACGGUGCGCGUCGCCAGCCCAGUCCGGCCCAUUCCUGCUCCCCGCACCAAGUCAGUGGUGCGCUUCGUCAGCCCGGCUCGGCCCGUUCCUGCUCCCCGCACCAAGUCGGGUGCGCUUCGACAGCCCGGCUCGGCCCGCUCCUGCUCCCCACACCAAGCCAGUGGUGUGCGUCGUCAGUCCGGCACGGCCCGUGCCUGUUCCCCGCACCAAGUCAGGGGUGCGCUUCGACAGCCCGGCUCGGCCCGCUCCUGCUCCCCACACCAAGCCAGUGGUGUGCGUCGUCAGUCCGGCACGGCCCGUGCCUGUUCCCCGCACCAAGUCAGGGGUGCGCUUCGACAGCCCGGCUCGGCCCGCUCCUGCUCCCCACACCAAGCCAGUGGUGUGCGUCGUCAGUCCGGCACGGCCCGUGCCUGUUCCACCGGUGGCUGGUCCGGCACCGGUCAGAUGCUUCACGUCGGAGCUAGAGCAAUCCGCUCCACCAGUGUUCAGUCCAGCUCCGGCCAGCAGGGCCAGACCGGACCAGGGGUACUGUGGGGGGUUAGAGAGGGAGUGGGGAUCAUGCCCAGAGCCGGAUCCGCCGCCAAGGCGGAGUGCCCACCCGGUCCCUCCCCUGUGGUGUUCUGUUGGCGCUGUCGGAGUCCGCGCCUUUGGGGGGGGGUACUGUCACGCCCUGGCUCUGGGGACUCUGAAAUGUUGAGCCAGGGUGUGGAUUUUCUAUGUUUAGUUUCACGGGGUAGCUUCUAUGUUGUUUUCUAUGUUUUGGGUUUUGUUCUAGAUCAUAUAGAUCUAUGUUGGUCAGGGUGGUUCCCAAUCAGAGGCAGCUGUUGCUCGUUGUCUCUGAUUGGGAGCCAUACUUAGGUAGGCUGUUUUCAGCUAUUCUUUGUGGGAUCUUGUUCUGAUUUGGUUUGUGUUAUACCGUAGACGUCACGUUAUCGUUGUUGUUUUGAUCGUGUGAUCAUUCUAAAUAAAUAAUAUGUUCACCUUCAACGCUGCGCCUUGGUCCGCUUCAUCAUGUGUCAACGAUCGUGACAAUCCCAAACCUUAACCCUUACCUUAACCAUUUGGAGUUAAUGCCUAACCUUAAGACUUCUGAGUUAAUGCCUAAACUUAACCAUCUAAUUCUGUCAUGAGGCUGUGAGAGCUAGUGUGUUAAAUAGUGAACCUAAUCUCUAACCUGUUACUAAUUAUGUGUGUGUGUGUGUGUGUGUGUCUGUGUGUGCGCGUUUCAGGCGGUGGCCUCAGCAGUAGCCCAGGUGUAUGUGUCACUCCCUGGGCAUCCGGUGUGGCGGCGUGAGGGCUGUGGGGUAGUGUGUCUGGUCAAAGACCCCUCACAACACUCCUACUUCCUGCGUCUCUAUUGCGUCAAGGUCAGAGGAACCAUCACCAAACGAGUCAUAACACCCGCUGCACCAGUCACUCAGACCUUCAGAGGAGUUACCUCUCUCUGUCUCUCAAUACUUAUACUAUUUACAGAUUUUUUAUCAGUAAUCAGAAUAGUAUGAGACCAUAUAGUGUGCAUAAAUAUAUUUUAUUUUAUUUUUUAUUAUUUUUAUGGCGGUUAAGUUGUCACGGCUGUUGUCAUUCAAUGUCUCUGGUUUAAAACUAAAAGCAGGAAGUGCUUCUGACCUCUGGCAAGAUGCCAGGUUGACCUGUUUAUUCAGUCUCCAUAGAGCAGGCCUCAUUGGAAUCUCUUUAUCUCUCUCUCUCUCUCUCCGUGCAUGUGUUUUUUGGCUGUGACAGUUUUCUCAUGUCUUUACCAGUCACCAUGAGCACACAGGUUCCUUAAAAAACAAUAGGCUUUGUGUUAAAGGGUGUUUGGAUGUGUUUUUCCUUUGUAUAUUACUGAUGACUCAACUGCUUUUUUAUUAAAAACAAAAACAACGUUUUAAAUGAGAAGUAGGCAUUGGUCUGAAGCCGAAAAAUAAAGGAAAUCCACAUGAGCACCACAAUGCCUACUCCACCCAUGCUCUACCAAGGUUUUCCAGCACACAGCUUUGAGCUACUACAGUGGCUAUGUUGGUAUUGUACUUCAAACAAUGUGUAGGCAGGUUACUUAGGAUUCAAACCUUCUCAAACAGCCUAAUUCAUACUCUUAGAGGAGGUGCUACCACAAUAAUGUGAUUUGUACCGCAUACAAGGUCAAGUAUUGGAUUCUUUACACACCAGUAUGACAUUAUCCCAUUAAGCCCUUUUCAAGCUUUUUUUUAUUAAAUGAAAGCAAGCUUUGCUUUUAUACUUACAAGACCAGGGGUGUCAAACUCAUUUUACCUCAGGGGCCACAUGGAGGAAAAUCUAUUCCCAAGUGGGCCGGACCGGUAAAAUCAUGGUAUAUAUAACUUAAAAACAACAACUUCAGAUUGUUUUCUUUGUUUUAAUACGAUCAACAUAAAACAUAAAGCUGGAGCCUGAGGACUGUGUGUCCAAAAUAGUACAAGCACAACAUCACUAUUAAAUCAUAAAACACCUCAAGUUUAUUUGAAAAUUCUAAAGAAAAAGAACACACAAACACACAAUGCCUCAGUGAUUCACAGAACUGUUUCACAGAUCACAGAACUAUAUCAGGGUGUCAUUUCUCUGGCAGAAAUGUAGAUAAAAAGAAUGAAAUCCUGUUCCCCAAACAAGUGCAAGAACCACAGAGUCAAGAAUAGGUUUAAUAUACAAAUAAAAUAAAAUCAAUUGAAAAAACAAUAGCACAUCAACAUAAAAACAUAUACAGUGGGGAAAAAAGUAUUUUGUCAGCCACCAAUUGUGCAAGUUCUCCCACUUAAAAAGAUGAGAGAGGCCUGUAAUUUUCAUCAUAGGUACACGUCAACUAUGACAGACAAAAUGAGAAAAAAAAUUCCAGAAAAUCACAUUGUAGGAUUUUUUAUGAAUUUAUUUGCAAAUGAUGGUGGAAAAUAAGUAUUUGGUCAAUAACAAAAGUUUCUCAAUACUUUGUUAUAUACCCUUUGUUGGCAAUGACACAGGUCAAACGUUUUCUGUAAGUCUUCACAAGGUUUUCACACACUGUUGCUGGUAUUUCGGCCCAUUCCUCCAUGCAGAUCUCCUCUAGAGCAGUGAUGUUUUGGGGCUGUCGCUGGGCAACAUGGACUUUCAACUCCCUCCAAAGAUUUUCUAUGGGGUUGAGAUCUGGAGACUGGCUAGGCCACUCCAGGACCUUGAAAUGCUUCUUACGAAGCCACUCCUUCGUUGCCCGGGCGGUGUGUUUGGGAUCAUUGUCAUGCUGAAAGACCCAGCCACGUUUCAUCUUCAAUACCCUUGCUGAUGGAAGGAGGUUUUCACUCAAAAUCUCACGAUACAUGGCCCCAUUCAUUCUUUCCUUUACACGGAUCAGUUGUCCUGGUCCCUUUGCAGAAAAACAGCCCCAAAGCAUGAUGUUUCCACCCACAUGCUUCACAGUAGGUAUGGUGUUCUUUGGAUGCAACUCAGCAUUCUUUGUCCUCCAAACACGACAAGUUGAGUUUUUACCAAAAAGUUCUAUUUUGGUUUCAUCUGACCAUAUGACAUUCUCCCAAUCCUCUUCUGGAUCAUCCAAAUGCACUCUAGCAAACUUCAGACGGGCCUGGACAUGUACUGGCUUACUUUGGUCCCAGCUCUCUGCAGGUCAUUCACUAGGUCCCCCCGUGUGGUUCUGGGAUUUUUGCUCACCGUUCUUGUGAUCAUUUUGACCCCACGGGGUGAGAUCUUGCGUGGAGCCCCAGAUCGAGGGAGAUUAUCAGUGGUCUUGUAUGUCUUCCAUUUCCUAAUAAUUGCUCCCACAGUUGAUUUCUUCAAACCAAGCUGCUUACCUAUUGCAGAUUCAGUCUUCCCAGCCUGGUGCAGGUCUACAAUUUUGUUUCUGGUGUCCUUUGACAGCUCUUUGGUCUUGGCCAUAGUGGAGUUUGGAGUGUGACUGUUUGAGGUUGUGGACAGGUGUCUUUUAUACUGAUAACAAGUUCAAACAGGUGCCAUUAAUACAGGUAACGAGUGGAGGACAGAGGAGCCUCUUAAAGAAGAAGUUACAGGUCUGUGAGAGCCAGACAUCUUCCUUGUUUGUAGGUGACCAAAUACUUAUUUUCCACCAUAAUUUGCAAAUAAAUUCAUUAAAAAUCCUACAAUGUGAUUUUCUGGAGAGAAAAAAAAUCUCAAUUUGUCUGUCAUAGUUGACGUGUACCUAUGAUGAAAAUUACAGGCCUCUCUCAUCUUUUUAAUUGAGAGAACUUGCACAAUUGGUGGCUGACUAAAUACUUUUCCCCCCACUGUAAACAUAAAGCUGGAGCCUGAGGACAGUGUGUCCAAAAGCACAACAUCACUAUUAAUCAUAAAACACCUCAAGUUAUUUGAAAAUGUUGAGGAUAAAGAACUCACAAACACACAAUGCCUCAGUGAUUCACAGAAGUAUAUCACAGAUCACAGAACUAUAUCAGGGUGUCUCAUGCAGCACUUUAAGUGGGGUUGCAUAGUUUAUUUGUCUCCUGAUACCUGGCAUGUUUUAGCUUUCACCAGCGCAUCAAUAUCAGGCGUCACAUCCUGAGUGGCAGCCAACUUCAGGAUGUGAUUCAAGUGCUUAUGCGUGAGCCUUGAGCGCAGCUUUGUUUUAUUUAUCCUCAUUACAGAGAAAACUUGCUCACAAAGAUAUGUGGUUCCAAACAUGCACAACAGUUUUGCAGCGAGGGCUGUCAAGUUGGGGUAACCUGGCAAGAGAUUCUGAUAAAAUGUGUCCAAGCCAGCUGCGGCAAAUUUGCCCUUCAAAUCCGAGUCACACUGCAAGUCUAUUAUUUCAAGUUGGAUGCUGACGGGCAGAUCAGAGGGAUUCACGGUGAAUGGCGAGCAAAAAACGUUGAAGUCUUUCUCCAGUUCACCAAAAUACUCCCGUAACAGUCCCGUUAUUUUAUCUUUGAACCGCUUCAUGUCUGCCACAUGUUGGGUCGCGCACACAUUUUUCAGACAGGGGAAGUGAGCUGCAUCACCACCGGCGAGUUGUGUCUCCUACAAUGACAGAUUCAACUUGAAAGAACGUAUGCUGUUAUAAUACUGCGUGACAACUUUGUUGCGCCCUUGCAGCUGUUUGUUCAAGUUAUUCAGGUGCUCUGUAACAUCCACCAUAAAUGCAAGGUCCUGCAUCCAUUCUGCGGAAUGAAAUUCUAACACUGGUUUGCCCUUUUCUUCCAUGAACUGUUCAAUUUCUUCUCGUAAAUCAAAGAAACGCCUCAGCACAGCACCUCGGCUUAACCAUCUUACCUCAGUGUGGUAUGGCAGGCCAUAGAUGUGGUCUUUCUCUCUGAGAAGGCUGUCAAACUGACGGUGAUUCAGGCUUCUGGAUCGGAUGAAAUUAACAGUUUGGAUGACCACCUUCAUGACGUUAUCCAUUUUUAAUGACUUGCAACACAAAGCCUCCUGGUGCAAAAUACAGUGAAAAGUCCAAAAAUCACGUCCUCCAUUUGCAGAUUGCACUUUCUCUCUGAACUUUGUCACAACGCCUGCUUUUUUCCCGAUCAUUGAGGGCGCACCAUCUGUAGCCAGGCUGACAGCGCGGGACCAGUCCACUCCGACCCUGUCCAGCGCGCCUACGAGUGCGGUGAAAAUAUCAGCUGCUGUCGUUGUAUCUGUCAUCGGCACCAACUCCACGAACUCCUCGGUGAUGGUCAAUGUGUCAUCAACUCCGCAGAUGGAAAUGGCCAGUUGUGCAACAUCUGUAAUGUCCGUGCUUUCAUCAAUUGCAACCGAAAACGCAAUAAAUGACUUUACUUUUUGCUUCAACUGGCUGUCCAAAUCCACUGAAAGAUCGGAAAUCCUGUCUGCAACUGUGUUUCUUGUCAGGCUGAUAUUUGCAAAAGCCUGGCGCUUUUCAGGGCACACAAUCUCCGCUGCCUUCAUCAUGCAUGUUUUUACAAAUUCACCCUCACUAAAUGGUUUUGAAGCCACUGCGAUUUCAUUAGCAAUGAGGUAGCUAGCUUUCACUGCAGCGUCACUGAUGUCUCGGCUGUGAGUAAACACAGACUGCUGUUUCUUCAGACCCGCCAACAGUUCAUUCACCUUCUCUCUUCUCCGCUGUCCUUGAAAGUUGUCAUAUUUGUCGGCAUGAAGACUCACAUAGUGGCGACGAAGGUUAUAUUCUUUCAGCACUGCAACAUGCUGUGAACACACCAAACAUACAGCUUUCCCAUUCAAUUCUGUGAAUAAAUAGGAGGAUGACCAUUUUUCUUGGAACACUCUGCACUCUGCGUCCACUUUUCUCUUUUUUUGACAGAGACAUAUUGGGGCAAUGAGGGUGCCAAAGCACAUAAUGUUAAAAGUAGAAGCCGUAAUAAAUAUAGCGGGCAAAACAAAGUAGCUCAUCCGGACUGGCUGCACUUGCUUGACCUACUUGCUCUGCCCCGGUAUAAACAGUUUGCUUGCUUAACACAAUUGCUAUUGCGCCAUCCAGUGGACGCAAUUGGAACAGCAGUUUAUUUUAUUGAAAAAUUGCAGCUCAUUUUUAUACUUUACAAAAUCAUCUCGCGGGCCCGGAUUAAACCCGUUUGCGGGCCUGAUCCGGCCCGCGGGCCGGACGUUUGACACCCCUGGUCUACACGGACAAGUUCUUGCCUGGUUUAGAUCUUAUCUGUCGGAAAGAUAUCAGUUAGUCUCUGUGGAUGGUUUGUCCUCUGACAAAUCAAUUGUACGUUUCGGUGUUCCACAAGGUUCCGUUUUAGGACCACUAUUGUUUUCACUAUAUAUUUUACCUCUUGGUGAUGUCAUUCGGAAACACAAUGUUAACUUUCAUUGCUAUGCGGACGACACACAGCUCUACAUUUCGAUGAAACAUGGUGAAGCCCCAAAAUGUCCUACCCUGGAAACAUGUGUUUCACACAUAAGGAAGUGGAUGGCAGCACAUUUUUUACUUUUAAACUCGGACAAAACAGAGAUGCUAGUUCUAGGUCCCAAGAAACAAAGAGAUUUUCUGUUGGAUCUGACAAUUAAUCUUGGAGCGACAAACCACCCUUGCUGUCUCUGCCUGGCCAGUUCCUGUCUCUCCAUUGGGAUUCUCUGCCUCUGACCCUAUUACGGGGGCUGAGUCACUUGCUUACUGGUGCUUUCCAUGCAACCUCUACAACCACUGUGAUUAUUACUUGACCCUGCUGGUCAUCUAUGAACGUUUGAACAUCUUAGAGAAUGUACUGUGAUAAUCUCCACCCGGCACAGCCAGAAGGGGACUGGCCACCCCUCAGAGCCUGGUUCCUCUCUAGGUUUCAUCCUAUGGAGUUUUUCCUAGCCACCGUGCUUCUACAUCUGCAUUGCUUGCUGUUUGGGGUUUUAGGAUGGGUUUCUGUAUAGCACUUUGCGACAUCUGCUGAUGUAAAAAGGGCUUUAUAAAAAAAUUUCAUUGAUUGAUUGAUUGAAUUGACAGUAGCACUGCACACAACAACACUAUUUGACUGAGUUCAUGUGUUCCAGGGCUCACUGCACUUCUGGUUUCCAUAGAAACAUUGGGCCAUGGAUCCACCUUUUUCACUCCAGAAACUUGUUUCCACUUAGUCCUCUUGAGGCAUCAUCAGCAGGAACUCCACUGUGAUACGGAUGCGUUCUCUCUGAUAACAGAGAUCCUAUUGGCCACAAAUAUUUGAAACCUUGUACGCUCAUUGGCUAUGUACUUGAGCACUGACUGACUAUCUGUCCAGAAAACCGAGUCAUCCAGCUUCAGCUGUAGCUCUGUACGCAGCAUCUUGUCCACCUUUACACUCAGUACUGUAGCUGCCAGCUCCAUGCGAGGGAUGGUUAUCUGCUUCAGAGGUGCAACUCUGGCCUUCGCCAUGACAAGAUAUACAUGAACAUCACCCCUUUGAUUCAUCAGUCUCACAUAGCUUACUGUUCCAUAACCUAGCUCACUGGCAUCUGAGAAAUGGUGCAGUUGAGCUUGAGUGAGUGGGCCAAAGUUAGUUGGCUUAAUACACCUUUCAAUCUUAAAGUUUAAUUUUUUUUCAAGAUUGCUUGUCCAUUUAAAUUACUUUUCAGACAAACACGUGGGGAUAUUCUUAUCCCAGCCACAGCUUCUCCUACACAGCUCCUGUAACAGCAGUUUGGCAGGCAGGGUGAAGGGAGCGAGGAAGCCCAGGGGAUCAUAGAUAGAACUCACCAUGGAUAGAAUUCCACUACGUGUGUGGGGUUGGUCUUUUAUGGUAACAUUAAAGUUAAAUGUGUCGCUCUCCACACACCAUUGUACUCCCAAUGCUCUUUCAAUGGGAUGUUUGUCUCUGUCCAAAUUCAACUGUUUCACCUCUUUAGCUCUGUCAGCUUCUGAGAUGGAGGCUAGUACAGUUUGGCUAUUGCUCACCCACUUGGAGAGAUGGAAUCCUCCUUUAUGACAAGUAGCUGUGCUAUCCUUGGCAUAUUGCACUGCCUCCUCUUCAGCGGACACUGAUUUCAGGCAGUCAUCAACAUAAAACGUAUUUCUGAUUGUGUCAACCACCUCCAGAUGACAACAUUCCUCUGCAGUCUUCUUUAAUGCAUAGCUUGCACAGCUCGGUGAUGAGGCAGCUCCAAACAAAUGUACAGUCAUGCGAUACUCAACAGGUGAGAGGUUAGUGUCACCUCCAGGCCACCACAGGAACCUCAGGAAAUCAACAUCACUGUGUGAUACCUUUACCUGGUGAAACAUUGCUUGUACGUCAGACAUCAUUGUUACAGGCUCCUGGCACACCUACAAGACUGUUAGUCAGAUCUGGGCCUUGAAGAAGCUCUGAGUUCAGUGAUGUGCCCUUGUAUGUAGCAGCACAGUCAAAAACAACUCUGAUUGUCCCCUUCUUUGGGUGAUAUACCCCAUGGUGUAGAAUAUACAUUUUAGUCAUUUAGCAGAUGCUCUUAUCCAGAGCGACUUACAGUUAGUGAAUACAUAUAUUUUUAUACUGGCCCCCCGUGGGAAUCGAACCCACAACCCUGGCGUUGCAAACGCCAUGCUCUAUCAACUGAGCUACAUCCCUGCCGGCCAUUCCCUCCCCUACCCUGGACGACGCUGGGCCAAUUGUGCGCCGCCCAUGAGUCUCCCGGUCGCGGCCGGCUGCGACAGAGCCUGGAUUCGAACCAGGAUCUCUAGUGGCACAGUUAGCACUGCGAUGCAGUGCCUUAGACCACUGCGCCACUCAGGAAUAUACCAAACUUUACCAUCUGUACGCUCUAGUUGCUCUUCUGGCACUCUCUCAGCGUACCCCUUGUCAAUGACAUCAGAGAGGAAACCUUUGUAUUCCUUAAGGAAGUGUUCAUUUCUUUUGAACUUGCAUUUCAAGUUUAGGAGGUGCUGUUCAGCAACAUGACACUUGUCGGGUAAGGUGACAUCAUCCUUCCUGAAAAGGUAACCUCAGGCUGUAAUGGCCCUCCUGUAACUUGACAGAAUAAUUAAUUAUCUUCAUAAACCUUUUGUCUUCCACUGACAUUUAUUUUUUCUCCUCGUAGGACUUCUCAUUGAAAUCUGUGUUGUAUUGACUUAUCAACAUCUCUUCCAGAUUCGAAACGGAGAUUCUGUUAGCUGUAACAGUAGGACAGCGACUCUUGUCCUCAUUAUUAUGGCUUCGAAAGGGACCAUUGACAACCCACCCCAGUAGGGUCCUCACAGCAUAUGGUCCAUUUUCGCAGCUGUUAACCACCUCCCAUGGUUCCAUGAGCUUGGGAGCGUUGGUUCCUAUCAACAUCUCCACUUCUGCAUUAAUUUCAGGAAUCUUUACAUUACUCAGGUAAGGCCACUUGGACAGGUCUUUCUCUGUGGGGAUAUUUUCUGUACUCACUGGCAUGUUGUUCUGAGUGUAGACAUCAGGUAAUUUGAUUAAGUUGUUUUUCUUCAACUUAGAAACCUCCAAUCCUGUGAUAACAUGAGUGUGCAUCGACUUUCCUUUUACUUGAUUCAUGGUCUUCAACACAAUUUUGGCUCCUUUUCCUGUGAUGCCAAGCUGUGUCAUCAGUCUCUCUAUGCAUUAUGUGGCUGUGCUUCCUGGGUCUAGGAAGGCGUAUGUCUGGAUAACCCUGUUGCCUUUACUGUGUUUGACCUUUACUGGUACAAUAGCAAGUACACAUUCCUGGUCCCCGGCCCCAGUAUGCCCAUAUAUGUUCAGAGAAACCAGUGCACUGCUCACUGGUGCUUCUGAUGACUGCUCUGCUGUUCCUCUGUCUCUCUGAUCAAUAUGAAGCACACUUGGGUGAGUUUGGUUAUAUACUCUGCAUUUGAGACGCCUAUUGCAGUCUCUUGACAUGUGUCCACUUGACAAGCAACCAAAACAAAUUCCCUUUUCCUUUAGGAUACCAAUCUUCUCCCUGUGGCUCCUUUUCCUAAGUUGUGGACACAGCUCCAAUUUGUGACCGCCGUUACAGAACAGCCAUCUGAUGUAUUGGGUUUGGGGGGUUUGCUGUGGUGAUGACACGCUGGUAGCAAAGCUGCUCCCUGUGGAUUUGUGAAUAGACGUGUGAAUGAGCCUUGAGUGUGGCCUUUGAGUCUUGCUACUGGUUUCUGUAGGAUCUUGAAUAUCAUCGAACACUGGAUGUGUGGCUAUUCUCACUUGUUUUUCAAUUAACAGGAUGAGAUCAAGGAGUCUAGCACGCCUGUCAUGGUGCUGCUCCUGUAAAUCACAGGCAACUGACCUCCACCUCUCCCUGAGUUUGUAGGGUAGUUUCAGGAUGAUGUUCUUUAAGCAGGCCAGAUCCAUCUUGUCCAUAUCUUCCAUUGCAUUACAACAACCUCUGAGGUAUAAUACAUGAGCCUGUAAUGCCUUGGGGUCUUCAGAUUUGAUGCUAGGCCAGCUAAAAGCCUUCUCCAUGUAUGCAUUGGCAAUCUUGUAUUCAUUUUCGUAGCGCUCCUUUAAUAAGCACUUGGCUUUGUGAUAGCCCCUAUCUGGAGCUGUAUGUUGGCAGCUCCUAACUAGCUCUCGAGCCUGCCCUCUGGUGUACUGUUCGAGGAAGUGCAGUUUGUCGUGGCUAGUUUGGGCUCUAUUCUCUAUACCAUGUUCAAAUGACUGAAUGAAGGACCUGUACUGUAAAAUGUCACCAUCAAAAACAGUAAUGUCUUUGGGUGGCAGAAAGGAAUGAUGUUGCUUUUUGGCUAACAUAGCAGUAACUUAAUUCUGUCUUUGGAGAAUGGUGAUGAGAGGGUUUUCUAUGUUGUUUUCCCGUGAAAUGUCCUCAGCACCUUCCUGUGAAUUGGGAAGUCUUGUCUGUUCUCCCCGUGGCCCUCUAUGUGAGUUGGUCAGCAACGAUCCUUGUCCUGUAUAGGCCUACAGACUUGGGUUAGAGUCUUGUGCAGCAGUGUGCUCUCCAUGAGCUGCUGUCUGAAUCCCACUGUGUCCUGACUGUUCUGAUUGAGCUGAAACACUGUGAGCCUGGGCUGAUUAACUGUCAAUGUGCUCAAUGAAUUGGGAUCCUUCUUUGGGACGCACACUUGGUGCAUGUCUGGCAGAAGUGCCCCUCUGCCCUGUGUGAAAUUCAUGGUCUGAGAUCCUGUAUAUCCCCACCAUUUCCUCAAAGUAGCCAUUCAUGCCAUCUAUUGUUGUUGAGUUGGCCUUUCUUUCUUCCCCUGCAGAUGUCAAAACCGUGAGUUUUGCUGAGGCAGCUGCUAUUUCAGUUUGCAGCUCAAGAGUCUCCCUUCUUUCCCUCAGUUCCAUCUUUUCUUGGAUCAAUUCCUCCUCCUUACCCUCUAGAUGGUGUUUGAACUUGAGAGCAGCAGCCUUUGUUAUUAAUGCUGCUCUUUCAGCCUCUGCUCGAAUGCAGGCUGAGGAUGUGGAGGAUACACCAGAGCGUGAACUCCUGUUAGACCUGCGGCUGGAGGUUUUGGACACACUGUCAGUAGGUUUAACGUCAUCUUUCUCAUCAGUGCAUUCAUCAGCUUUCUCUGGUGCUGGGGCUACACCUGAGAUCCAUUGGGACACAGUAAGAAGAAAUGCCUUAAUAUGCUGCCAUUUGGGUUCAUACCAAUUCAACAUAUUUUUUAUUUCAUCCUCAGGUAUCAUGUGAUGACAGGAAUCAAUUAAUCAAAUUUCAUUUAACUGGAGCAUGUUUGUUUUUUACAACUUCAAUAUUCGUAUUGUCAGUCAUUAGAUCAGUAACAAUGUUCAUUUCGCGAGUCAGUUUUCCCAGUUUACCCCUUCUGGAUUUGCGCAUUUGGGAAACUUUCUCCUUCAAGACCUUUUCUGAUAAAGGCUCCUCCACUAGCGCCAUGUCGCCCCCAUACACAACGCUAUCUGCAGUGGUAUAAUUCUCUUCAGCCAUAUUCCCUCAAUAGGCUAUCACAAUAAUAUAUAUUUCGAUAUGCAACCAUGAACAUAGAUCAAUAAGCGCUCCGAUGCGCUGCGCUCCUUUAACAGUGUCAAUACAUCAUUAAUCUUCACACUUCAAUGAAUUAGGCAGCGGAGAUUGGAAAUCGGAUUCUAUGCAUUCACAAGCCAUUUUCCAAAUAAGUCACUCCAAUAGCAAACUUUCCAUACUUUGAAUGCAUUAUAAGUGUAGCCAUACACUCAAAUGUACCAUUAAUCAAUCCAAAAGUUUGUGCGCUUGUUAGGCUACUUUACAUACCCAAGUGCGUCUUUUGACUAAAUGUAGUGGCUAAAUUGUCCAAUAUAAUUGUCCCAAUACAAUUUCCAUUCUAAUCCUUUAGCCACAAUGGAGAGUGGUGAAAUGUUAGUCUUGACACAUACAAAUCCAAUGUCCAGAGUUUGAUUCAAGUUGAAAAAUAAUAAUACAUUUAUGUGUCAUUUUUCUGGAUACAAAAAUGUAUAACAUUCUACCAAAAUGAAUUGUGAUCAUUAAACUAAAGAAACAAACAGCAUGGUAACAUGGUCUGGUAUGGUCAAAAGACUGUGUGCUGCCAUUCCAGUCUUCUUCUUCUUCUUCUUCAGUGGGGUUUAUCGGCGUUUGGCAUCCAACGUUAUGGUGCAUUACCGCCACCUACUAUACUGGAGUGUGGGCCAGAGAUAGGGAGAAACUAAACCCUAGGUGCCAGCUGCCGUUGCUCUAAAAAAAAGAUUGCAAAAUAUUUGAGACUAUAUCAAAUGACGUUCUACUCAAUAUACUCGUUAAACUAAUUUCCUGUAUCCCCUUCUCCCUCAUCCUCUCGCUUUCCCUCUGAUACUGCCCACAUUGUAGCAAUACAUGCUCCACGGUCUCUGUUUCCUUUUAAGUGUAUACUCCAUUGGCCUGUAGAGGGGGCACACACACUUGACGGGAUUAAUGGCAAACACACAUGCAACAGAAAUGUAUCAUGAAUUGGAAACAUGCAAAUAUACAAUAUGACCUAUUUGGCUUCUACACCUAUAUCUAAAAAUACAUACAGCCAAAUGAUAUAUAUAUAUAUGAAGAGUAUGAAUUAGGCUGUUUGAGAAGGUUUGAAUCCUAAGCAACCUGCCUACAUAUAGUUUGAAGUACAAUACCAACAUAGCUACUGUAGUAGGGCAAAGCUGUGUGCUGGAAAACCUUGGUAGAGCAUGGGUGGAGUAGGCAUUGUGGUGCUCAUGUGAAUGUCCUUUAUUUUUCGGCUUCAGGCCAAUGCCUACUUCUCACUUAAAACAUUUUUGUUUUUCAUAUCCAUGAUUUUUACACCGGUGCACCUUGUGCUGGGGACAAUAAAAGUCCACUCUAAAAUGUGCAGUUUUGUCACACAACACAAUGCCACAGAUGUCUCAAGUUUUGAGGGAGCGUGCAAUCGGCAUGUCCACCAGAGCUGUUGCCAGAGAAUCGAAUGUUAAUUUCUCUAGCAUAAGCCUCCUCCAACGUUGUUUUAGAGAAUUUGGCAGUACGUCCAACCGGCCUCACAACUCACAACCGCUCUCCUCCUCUCACCUUUUCCCUUCGCUUGUGGACUUCAGUGCACAACACAUCAACUGUCUGUGACCAGGAGAAAAACCUUUCUAAGCCAAACCUUCAUAUCAUGACCGCUAACCGCUACACACAGCCUACAUCUUUGUCAUGUCAUGGUCAACAUACUAGAACUAACAUGUUAGUAAACCCGCUACAAUCAUGCAGUACAGUCAAAAAGCUGUUUAUUGCCCCGGUGGCAAUAAAUUAAUAAAACCAAAAGCUUACCUUGACAUGGAAGAGUUAAGGACCCUGGGACUAAACACCUCCCUCUGCAACUGGAUCCUGGACUUCCUGACGGGCCGCCCCCAGGUGGUAAGGGUAGGCAACAACACAUCUGCCACGCUGAUCCUCAACACACGGGCCCCUCAGGGGUGCAUGCUUAGUCCCCUCCUGUACUCCCUUUUCACCCACAACUGCAUGGCCAAGGACGACUCCAACACCAUCAUUAAGUUUGCUGAUGACACAACAGUGGUAGGCCUGAUCACCGACAAUGAGACAGCCUAUAGGGAGGAGGUCAGAGACAACAACCUCUCCCUCAAUGUGAGCAAGACAAAGGAGCUGAUCGUGGACUACAGGAAAAGGAGGGCCGAACAUGCCCCCAUUAACAUCGACCGCGCUGUAGUGGAGCGGGUCGAGAGUUUCAAGUUCCUUGGUGCCCACAUCACCAACAAACUAUCAUGGUCCCCAACACACCAAGACAGUCGUGAAGAGGACACGACAACACCUUUUCCCCCUCAGGAGACUGAAAAGAUUUGGCAUGGGUCCCCAGAUCCUCAAAAAGUUAUACAGCUGCACCAUCGAGAGCAUCCUGACCAGUUGCAUCACCGCCUGGUAUGGCAACAGCUCGGCAUCCGACCGUAAGGCGCUACAGAGGGUAGUGCAUACGGCCCAGUACAUCACUAGGGCCAAGCUUCCUGCCAUCCAGGACCUAUAUACUAGGAGGUGUCAGAGGAAGGCCCAAAAAAUUGUCAAAAACUCCAGUCACCCAAGUCAUAGACUGUUCUCUCUGCUACUGCACGGCAAGCGGUUCCGGAGCGCCAAGUCUAGGUCCAAAAGGCUCCUUAACAGCUUCUACCCCCAAGCCAUAAGACUGCUGAACAAUUAAUCAAAUGGCCACCCGGACUAUUUACAUUGACACCCCUCCCCCUUUGUUUUUACACUGCUGCUACUCGCUGUUUAUUAUGUAUGCAUAGUCACUUUACCCCUACCUACAUGUACAAAUUACCUCAACUAACCUGUACCCCCGCACAUUGACUCGGUACUGGUACCCCCUGUAUAUAGCCUCGUUAUUGUUAUUUUAUUGUGAUACUUUUUAUUUUAUUUUUUACUUUUGUUUAUUUAGUAAAUAUUUUCUUAACUCUAUUUCUUGAACUGCAUUGUUGGUUAAGGGCUUGUAAGUAAGCAUUUCACGGUAAGGUCUACACCUGUUGUAUUCGGCGCAUGUGACAAAUACAAUUUAUUUUAUUUUAUUUGAGUUCCAGUGUUGGAUAGCCAUAGCCAGCAAGCUAACAUAGCAUCCCUCUCUGUUUGAGCCGGUUGUUUGAGUAGGCUAAAGUAACUAGCUUCUAGUGAAAGUGAACAUUUAAAAAAUCCUCAUGAUUGUAUUUUCCUUCCUUUUUAGACCACGUAGGUGCUAAUGAAAUACUUCAAAUGGUAGGCUAACCGAGUCUCUCGCUCUCUCUCUCGCUUCUCCUUCAUUUUGGAAGAAAUUAAUUUAUUCAAAACUCUUCAACUAUUGUCUUUCUCUCUCUCUUUGAGUCAACUCACUGCAUUUUAUGCACUGCAGUGCUAGCUAGCUGUAGCUUAUGCUUUCAGAACUAGAAUUCUCUGAUCUUUUGAUUGGGUGGACAACAUGUCAGUUCAUGCUGCAAGAGCGCUGAUAGGUUGGAGGACGUCCUUCGGAAGUUGUCAUAAAUACUGUGUAAGUCUAUGGAAGGGGGUGAGAACCAUGACCCUCCUAGGUUUUGUAUUGAAGUCAAAGUACCCAGAGGAGGACAGAAGCUAGCUGUCCUCCGGCUACACCAUGGUGCUAUCCUACAGAGUGCUGCUGAGGCUACUGUAGACCUUCAUUGCAAAACAGUGUGUUUUAAUCAAUUAUUUGGUGACGUGAAUAUAUUUAGUAUAGUUUUAUCUAAAAAUUAUAACUUUUUUUAAUGUUUCACUAUUUAGAUUUGUAUGAAAUUCACUGAGGAGGAUGGUCCUCCCCUUCCUCCUCUGAGGAGCCUCUACUGACCACCACACUCACUGGCACUUGCCUGCCUCUCCACGAACCCAAAGGCUCUUUUAAGAGCCACCUAAUGAAUUAAAAUAAGUGUGUGUGUGUCAGGAGCGGGCUGUCAAAACUAUAAAUGAAAAAAUGGUCAAAAUAUCUCCUCCGGAGGCCAACCCGCAAUGUUAUGAUCGACAGGUGUUAACUCUAUCCAUUAUACUUUGAAUCCUGUUCUCAACUCAUUGACUUAUCAAAUCAAAUCCAAUUGUAUUGGUCCCAUACACAUAUUUAGCAGAUGUUAUUGCGGGUGUAGCGAAAUGCUUGUGGUGUAGUGAAAUGCUUAGACAGACCAUUUAAAUGGCUGGAAGCGUUCUUCCAAAAUGAUUUUGUUCCUUCACUCAGUAGUCAUUGCACAUUUAUUUAUCUUGCUUGAUUACAAUACAAUAGUCUAAAACAGUUGAUUUGUUGAAAACAGACUCAUUUAAUCAUGUUGUUAACCAAGUUAGCAAGUAUUUCAUUUUCUUUUGACUGCACGCUGUUGCAACCUGAUCUCAUAGCAUUUAGUAUUAUUCUGUACGUAAAUCUGAGACAUAACCACUUAGCUUGAUGCUAGGUUUCAUACGGUAUGUUUUAAUUUGUGGAUGUCCAUCAUCGAUUUUGCAUGAUAUGUUACAAAUUACAAUUCGUAUGAUAUGUUACGAAUAUGCUUCAAUGUUGUCCGGCAGUCUCACCCUCAACUCAUUAGUGAGGGAGAUGGUGAAGGCUACACACCGCUUUCAGACAUUGUUUUCAUCCUCAAGCGCAAGGUGGAGCUCAGCUGCCUUUGACUCAAAAAGGUAACCAAGGUACGGUUUGGGACUGAUGUAUCCAUCUAUUGGCCCUUUGAGUACAUCAACAUUUGCCAGUGGAUUCAGCACCCUGCUGCUCACAGACUUGAUCAGGCUAACCAAGUUGUCAAGUAGCUUAAGAGGAUCUACUUGCUCUCCCUCAAAAGCCUUGAUGGCCAACUGUACCUCACCCAGCACUGACUUAUAAAAGUCAGAUACAAUAUGUUUUCAGGAUCACUGUACAUGGAGUAUAAAACCUCAGCCAUGUAGCAGUGUUCACUGGACUUGGUGACUGCGAAAUGCAGCCUAAGCUCCUCCCACUGGUCCAAAAUGCGUGAAACCGCGGGUUCAAUGGAGAGCCAACGUGUGGCACACACCUUGGUUAUCUGUAAAGGUUUCUCCCCACAGUUGAUGGUCUCAUAUAUGGCCUUGUAGGCCUCACUGCGCUUUGGAGACACUGAAAACCAGUUAUAAGUCUCUCGUACAAAGUACUCCACACUACGGGGGAUGGUGUUAUUGGAAGCAUGACUUACAGCAAGCUGCAGAGAGUGGCACACACAGCGAAUAAGAACCAGAUCUUUGAGGCCAUACUCCUCCUUCAGCACUUUAUCGACCCCAUUGUUAAUCCCCGUCAUAACAGAGGCAUUAUCAGUCCAUAUCCCCAGGAGUUUCUCUUUUUUAAGACAACACUUCGAGGAAAGCCACAACAGCACGGGCUAUAGAUUUGGCAUCUCCUCCUUCCAACUCAACAAGCCCCAGAAAUGUUGAUACAAUUGUCUGCUUGGUGUCACUAAAGUACCUUAUCACAACCCCCAGGUACUUAGGAACACUUACAUCCGUGGACUCAUCGAGGAGGAGGCUGAAACGCUGGUCACCCACAUCUGCAACCAACCUUUUCAGAAAGUAUGGUGCUAAAACACAAUUAAUAAUUUCUGUGCACUUUGUCCUGUGCAUUUCUAAGUGGGUAGCAGCAGUGGAGUCUGAGAAAGCAGCUCUACAUGCUUCUCCAAUGCGAUCACAUGCCAGCAUGGAACAGUGUUCAGCGAUAGCUAAUGUCAUGGUGGCCUCAGCCUUUUUUGCAGAGUCAAUUUUUUUAAACCAUAAAUGGCAGCUUGUUUUGGGUGGAACUGUUAUAAGGCUUUGUUUUUUGAGUUGUCAUGUGUUUUUUUACAUCACUAAGUUUGCCGUAGAAAUCAGCCUUUCAAUACAGGCAGUAUGCCUGUGUAUCAUCUCUAAUAAACGGCUUCAACCAGCCUUUGAAUUCAGGGUUUGAUUCCCACUCCUUUGUGUAUUUUUGAGUUUAGACUGAGAGAUGAUGAGCUAGCCAGCUAGAUGUUUAGCUUAUGUCACAGAGGCACACACACAGCUGAUUGCUGCGCGAGGACUGGGCCGCCUGGGCCGCCUGUGAGUGCUUUGGGAGGGGGGUGGGGCCCACGGGGGUGGGGCCCACGGCAGCACCCGCUGCUCGUUGAGAAGAGUAAGAACGAUACGUGCUUUCACGUCAGAGUCUCCAAAAGUCUCCAAUAACACCAGAAAAAGUCGCUAGAUUUGUCGCUAGUCGAUUUUUUGAAAAUGUGUCACUAGAGGGGCCCGAAUACUCGCUAAAUAUAGCGACAAAGUCGCUAAGUUGGCAACACUGGUAGAACUAUGAGCUUUGGCUAAAAACUGUUAGCAUUGUCAGAAAUACUACAAAAAGGUAGCACAUUGUUGUUUCUUAAUGGACGGAAGUGUGCUCGUGAGAUAAAUUAUACAUUUAAUAAAAACUGUUGCACCUACACAUUUAGUCAAUACAACAAAAAUGUAAAUCCAAUGGUCACUUUAUGGAUGCUAUAGUCUCGUUUUAAUCCAACAUCUAGAAUUUGAGCUAGGUAGCCGCAGAAAAUACUAUGAAAACUCAAUUGCUAACGACCCUGUUAAAAAUCCGGUAUGUGGUUCUUGGUAACAGCCAGACGGCUCAUGAUGAGAGGUGGGGAGUGUGUCUUGUGCACCUCUAAUCAACUUUAUGUACACUUAAUUAUCUAAUCUCCUCUCUUUCACCUUUAACCUACCAGAGAUCUAAGUUGCUGUGGGAACAGGAGCUGUAUGUUCCUUUUCGAUACUCAGCACCCCACUCCUACUUCCACACCUUCCCUGCAAAUGUAAGUGACAUGCCCAGAAAUCACAUCUAAAGAGUUAAGUUAUUCCCAUAUCAAACAGAACUCUAUAAUUCUGUUUCAACCCUGAUGACCAAAGCAACAAAACUGCUCAUGGAACAGCUUUUAAGGGCAUAUUAACCAUUCUGCUAUUAAAUGGGUUAGGGUUGAGGGUUAGAGUUGAACCAGGAUGUGGACAUGAAGCUAGGGUUAGGGUUGAGCCUGGUGUGGAUAUGAAGUUAGGGCUGAGGGUUGAGCCGGUGUGUGGAUAUUAAGCUAGUGUUGGCGUUAUGCUAGGGUUGGGAUUAGGUUAAUGGCUAGGGUUAGGGUUGAGCCAGGGUGUGGAGCUAGGGUUAGGGUUAGACCUACAGGGUUAUGUGAGUUCAUUGGUUGGUUGGUUCUGCAACAUGUUCAUAAUAUCACUGGCUCUUAAAAGGCUUUGGCUAAUAGCAUAGCUCUGAAAGGGUGAUUGUUCUGGUCAUUGAUGACCUUCCACACUGGCUGUGUGUUUGUUUAGGACUGCCAGGCGGGCCUGAACUUUGCAGAUGAGGCAGAGGCAGAGAGGUUCUGUGCAGCCGUGGAGAGACAGAUUCAACAAGCCCCAGGUUUGGAGAGAAAAACACACACACGUCAGAUUACAUUUACAUUAUAAUAAGCUCUCUCAGCUUCAGGCAGGCCAGUCCUCUUCUCUUUCUUACUCUCCCUUGUCUCCUCUUCCCAAUCUCUCUGUCUCCCUCUUUCACUCUAUUUCUCCCCAUAACAUUUUAUAUUUUGCUCUCUUUUGCUGAACCCCCCCAAUCUUUCUCUCUCUCCCCCUCUCUCAGACAGAGCUAGCGUGCAGCUGAACCGUACUGACUCCUCCUCAGGCUGUGUCUGUGAACAGGAACAGAGCAGAUCUGAGAUCAGCACUCCAUCUCCAUAUGUGUCAGAGUGAGAAAUAUAGUACAUCUGCACACUAGAGCUCAGACAGACUCAGACAAUUCACUAUUAGAGAUAUUUUAUGACGCUGCAUUAGAAUGGAGUAAAAGAUAAAUACUGAUUUAAUAUUCUCUCUUCUCCACAGACAGGAGUCCCAGGUGGCAGUGGACCCAGAACAAGGCCUCAGUGUGAGCACAACACCGACACCACUGUUGUUUUAUCACAUCCAUAACACAACCAUUAUUAUGUCGCUGUCGGAUGAAAACCUCUUAUGUCCAAUUAACAAUUAUGAAAUUCAGAAGCUAUUUUGAAUACAUUUUCUUGGUCCUAGAGUCAUGAAAUGUACAGAGUACAUUGAUGAGAGUUACUGCUUUUAAUACAAGGUUUUCAUCCUACAGUGUAUUAUGAUCAUCAUAGAAUAAUUCACAGAAUUCUAAUAGCACAUUUAUAUCUGUUAUAUCACAGUCAUCAAUGCUAUUGCAAUGUCACAUGCAUUCUCAUCCUCACUUGUGUGCAGACUAGUGAGCUGGACCCUGCUCUGAGGAAGCAGCUCAGGAUGCAGAGGCUAAACGAGGAGGAGGCCAGACACACCUCUAAAGUCAUCUGCAGCCUCUUCUACAGACUGGGGGGCCUGGAAGCUGUCAGCAGGGACAUGUACAACAGAGGUAGGCCCCCUGCUGGCUAGGAGGGAUCAUCUGUUGCAUUGCCUUGAUGAUUAGUUGAAACAGGUGUGUUAGUGCUAGGCUAGAACAAAAGCCUGUGCACCCACCCUGUGUGUCUCCAGAGCCAGGUUUGAAGAACACAGGACAGAAUUGUUUUUGUGUCUGCCACAGGUCCAGCCUCUAAGACCUUACCCAACAGAUAUACAGGGACCUCCACCUCCCUGGCCCUGAGGAAGGGGCCUCUGCCUCCUCUCCCGUCCCCCCUCACACGCAGUGUCAGCUCCCGAGAUGUCUCCAAGAGCCCUCUCCCACCCUGGGUCCCCCAACCUCCCUCUAUGCCCGCCCCCCCUCCUCCUGCAGGUGCACACGCUGAGAGGAUCAGAAAGACCAUCAGUUUCAGACCGGUGAGAGAAAAUGACUGGGGCAUGUCAAUCAAAGUCGUAGACUAUGUCCAAUGUAUGGCGAUGUGUGGUUGAUACAAUGGUGUGUGUGUGUGCACAUAUGAUAGGUGGGCUCACCCUCUGCUGUAGAGUCUGACCUGGUCCUGAGUGCAAAGAGGGAGACAUUUCAGAAACGUCAACACCUCCAGCAUCAUAAAGGUAGGCCUACUGUAUCUCUCUCUCCAUCUCAUCUCAUCCACAGUCUGUGAUGUCAGCUCACCCUGGGGUCAUCUCAAGUCAGGCCUGUUCUGCAGCUCAUCAUGUCUGUCUUCUCCUCUGCAGAUGACACCACAAGCCAGUCAGAGAUGGAUUCUUACAGCGGGCAGUGGCUGUAGAGAUACCAGCUUGAGAGGAGAAAUAUCCUCCUGCUUUCACAAGCAUGUUGUUAUUUGAAGUCUUCACGUUUGUCUUUGCUUUUGAAUUAAUUCAUUGUUAAAUAAUGAUGCAUCAUUGGAAAAGUGGUGUUUUAGUGAAGAAUGCAAUGCUCAAUCAAGCCCUUUCUAAAAUAAAAUCUGUACAAUUCUCC